GCCACCUCCUGCUGGUAAGCCAAGAAUCAACAAUUCAGUCGGCAUUCGAUCGUGGUAGAGUGGGUUUGUGAUACUCCUGCUAGUGCUUGCGUCGUCUCUACCACACACAUGGUCACGAUUUGAGUCACUUCAGUGAGCUGUGCAAGUGCCAAAGUGCCUUUCCAUGGAAUAAUAGCCCCUUUUCGAGACUUUCAAAGAGAGCCCAUAAUGUUGCAACAAAUCCUUCGGGAUAUGUACGUCGAUCCCGAUAUCCUCGCCGAGCUGGACGAGGCCCAAAAACAGACCCUCUUUUGCAAAAUGCGAGAGGAGCAAGUCCGGCGCUGGAAACUCUGGAACGAGAAACUGGGCGAUGAGCCCAGAACCAUCCAACCCUCGAGUAAGAAAAAAACCGUUAGUUUCCUCAAGGGCGAAGAUGGGGAGCCAUGGGUGUGGGUCUUGGGCGAACACAAAGACGACAAGACCAUCGAGGAGAUCCUCAAGGAGGAAACCAUAGAAAAGGCGCGUAAAAUGGCCGAAAAGGAAGCAGAGGAGUUGCGGAAGCAACUCUACAUUGAACUCACCCCCAAAAUCGAAGAAAUAGAAGCCCCGAAGCUACAAAUCGACGAUGAGAUGAUUUAUUACUCGGUGGAUGAGUUAAGGGAGAAGAACAACAAGCCGAAUCAUUUUAAUUAUAGUUUGAAUUCGUACCAGAAUAAGAAUAAGUUUCAUGUGAUUGACACGAGGGAUGUUUUGCAAGAGAUCUCGUUGAAUACGCAGAAGGUGGCGCAGAGGGUAGCUCUGUGGGAGAAGAGACUGACUGAGGAGAGGACGUGUGAAAUCUUCCAGAAGAUACAAAAGGAGCAGCAGAAAGUGGCCAAGGAGGCGGAGGAGGCUGAGCAAAAACAGGAGCAGCUUUGGAGGGAACAAGAGCGCAAAGCCAAGCAAGCUGAGCAGCAAAUCCGGGAGAUUGCCCGCCGCGCCCGAGAGGAACACAGACUGACAUCGAAUUUCGAAAUCGACACUUCUUACAGCACGGUCAACACCGGAGUUCCUCCGGGUCGUACCGCCGUCAUCGAAUGGUACAAAAGCCACGAAAGGCCCAAAUGGACGGGUUUGGACCGGUCCAACAACGCGGAAUCGUGGUUUCAUGGCCUGAUCACGCGAUCCGAAGCCGAGAAGUUGUUGUUGGACCGGCCUUACGGGAGCUUUCUGGUCAGAUUGUCGGAGAGGAUUUGGGGAUAUGCGAUCUCCUACAGGGCCAAAGAGAAGUGCAAACAUUAUUUGGUCAGUGCGGGGCCCAAGUACCAGUUUUUAGGCAACAAUCAAGUUGAGCAUGAAACGCUACGUGAUCUCAUCGAAUAUCACCGGAUUAAUCCCCUAACCGGGGGUGAAAAACUGGUCGAAGCCUGCCCCCGGAGCCCCUCUUCCACACUUAAUGAACUGUUCGACGAAUGAAUUGUUCAAUCUCAAAGAAAACUCUGUGAUCGUUUGGCAUUUUUUAAUUGUAUGAUAUCAGUUUUUACUACUGGAACGAUUCUAUUUCAGUAUUAUAUCGCACUUUUAUUAUAAUCGAGUUUGUUUCAAUUUGUGCCUUGUGUCUAGUUAUUUUAAUAUUUAUAUGAUAAUCGGUUGUAUUUGCCCCAAUUUUGACUUAAACUGUUGGGAGCCUGUAUGAAAAUAUACGAUUUUUGCUUUA